CCGGUGCCUAAAAACUCUUCCGGGGCUAUCAAGAUGGCGGCGCCCAGUAAUGAGACCACGACGGGAAUCCCGCUCAGAUCUCCCGUAGGAACCCCCGGGAAAGUACGGGAUUUGAUCAAUGAGGGUAUAGUAAAUGAGGAUCGGUGCGGCAACGACCGUAAGGACUCAAGUAUUCUGUCAGAAGAAAACAAUAGUUUUAAAGCAUUAGAUGAUACAGACUCGUGUGAGGCAACAAGCAAAGAAGCAUUCUACUCCAGGGUGGAAACCUUCUCCUCUCUAAAAUGGGCUGGAAAACCUCCAGAACUGUCUCCUCUCAUCUGUGCUCAGUAUGGAUGGUCAAACAUAGAGUGUGACAUGCUCAAGUGCUCCAGCUGCGGUGCCUACCUCUGUGCCAGCCUCCAGCCAGUCUUGGAUUUCAACAAGUAUAAGCAGCGCUGCUUGGAAUUACAGGAAGCCCUGAAGACCUCUCAUGAAAAGUUCUGUUUUUGGCCAGAUAGUCCAUGUCAAGAACAUUUCUGGACCCUUCUGGUAUCUGAGCCCUCCUCAGUAAUCACUGAUUUUAUAGAAUGUUUUCAGAAUCUUUGUCACUUGGAGCUGCAACUUCCAUCCCUGAAACAUGAGGAUCUGAAAAGCAUGGACGUUACAGAGGAUACUGUAAGCCGGCUGCUUCACUUGAUUGAGGAUGAGCUACAAGGACGAGAUAAUGCCACUUACAGCUUGCUGGGUGACUCUCUACAGGUGCACAUCUCUGCCUGCAUUCUGGCACUUUGUGGAUGGAACAGCAGCCAUUCCUGCAGUUCUUUUCCUCUGUCUAUCAUUAACUGUCCUCGAUGUAUGCGGAAGGUUGGCCUAUGGAGCUUCCAGCAGCUGGAGGCUGUAGAUCUAGACACAUCUCUAGGCCCACCAAGCACUCCAUUGUCUCCAGGAGAAGGAUUUAGUGAAAAAGUACAUUUGGGAGUUAUGUCCCCUAAUAGAAGGAUCACACGUAGCCAGGACACUGAACAGAGUCCUUCCUCAGCUAACACACAGGUGCGUAAUGGAGCAUCUUCAGUCUCUUCUGAGUCAGAUAUUGUACGGAGCCGCCCAGUGACCCGAAGCAUGGGACAUGGAGAGACCCCAGGGGCAUCUGAAAUGUAUUCCAGUCCUCAUCGUAAGGCUAAACGCCCUAGACUCUGCUCCACUAGUAGCAUUGAUUCUUCUCCCAAAGGCUGUUUUGACCCACUAAAUCAGCACAGAAGUUGGUGCCCUUGGUUGAAAGUGGGACAAAGAGGUGACAGGGGCAAAUCAGAAGCAAAGGAAAAUGGAAAGUCAGACCAGAUAGCAGUUGCUGGAUGGAAGCAAGUGUUGCAAGUUCUUCUUGAAGAGGAAAAAUCCAGGACCCGAGUGGAAGCAGAUUCUUCAAGUGUUCCAGAGAAAUCUCGCAAAGUGUUCAGAAUAUUUAGACAAUGGCAAGCGAGCAGCUCAUCUUGAUGGCCAUGGCUCAUCUCCUACCAUCUUCAUCACUGCCAUAAGACGAAUAUGCCUGUGUUCUGUGAAUUCACAUCUCUGCUGAGGACUACCUUCUAUAUACAGUAAUGAAUGCCCAUCACCACCAAUAUAAACUUUGUUGUCCUUUUCCAGAAAGUAUGUCACAAAUGGGUUUUAAAACAAUAUGAUUGUUUAAAAAAACUUUCUUAUUCAAGUGAAAGAUGUGCACAAAAUCUGAAAAUAUCAGUCAACAUUAUUUGUAACAUUAAAACAGCUGGGCAAUGAAUUGUGGGACAGAAAUAGCCAUAUAUUAUUAGCUAUUUUUCAAAUGUUUGUUUAUACUCUGGUACAACAGUUGUAAAGGUUUCAAUUAUUUGUUUACUUGCAUGCCUUUCUUACUGUAAUAAAUAUUCAUGGAAGAAAUUGGUUACUGUAAUGGGACCUUGUACUCAGUUUUU